AUGGAUGACCUGCGCGGACGGGGCGGCCCGUUUGCCGGUGGAGACCUGGCGUCUGGUGGCAUCGCUUUUCUGCAAAGCGUCCUGGAUGCGGCGGACCAGUGGCUGCACCGCCUGCAGGACCGGCCCUGGGUUUCGGCGUCGGAAAGCGUCACAGCGGCGGAUGCAACGAAGACCUCGCAAGAGAUCAGCUCCAUCUUGUCCACGUCUGAGGCGCUGAAGCUCAAGGAGGAACUGCAGCUCUUUGGGCGCCAGGGCUAUGUGACCCGCCGGACUUUGCUCAAAGGCAAGCGUGUGGCGCUUUUGCUGCGCGACCAGGCGCCGCUUUUGGCCCGCCUGGCGCGGUGGUGCGGCGCCACGGUGCAGCACAGCACCUCCUCCGCAGACGUGGUGCUGAUCGGCCCCAGGGGUGGGGGGUGCUCCGGCUUCGCCUCCUGCCGCAACCAGCAGAAGGCCUUCAGAGUGGCUUGGCUCCGCGCCAGCUGCGUGGCAGGGCGGCUUCUACCAAGGCACCGCCUGGGCUGCGCGUCCUCGGGGGCUCCCUUCAGCUCCUUCCGCUCCUGCAUCGCGGGGACCCAAGAGGACUUCCCGGAAUCCGAGUUCGGGUGCUAUGCCCCGCGUCUCAUGGAGGGACUUCUGAUGAGCACCAGCCGCCUGCGCGCCCGAGAAUCUGUGUCCUUCACCGCACAUUUGCUUGGAGCUGAGUGCACUGAAGAGCUCACAAAGGCCCAUACGCAUCUCAUCGCAGGUGCGGCGCUGGGUGCAAAGUACGACUUUGCAAUGCAAAACCACAUCCCGGUCGUUUCUGUAGCCUGGCUGGACCAAACCUUGCGAGUCGGCUUGCCAAUGAAGGCUGGGGACUUCUUCGAGGAGGACGGAUGCGAAGGAGCCGGGCUGAGAGUGGCCGAGUUCCACGAGAUGUGGCCUGGCGGGCGCUUAGCAGAGCUGAGGCGACCACCCUUCCACGUGCCUUGGAGUCGGCACCACUUCGACGUGGGCUCGCUCAUCACUUUGGAUGUAAUGCUUCGCGAACCCACAGAGGGCGGCACCUUCCAAACGCUGGAGCGAGGGCGCCUGCGUGCACACCGCUUCCAUUUGGGAGACGUGCUGGUCUUCGUGGGGCAUAAGUAUCACAGUGUCAGCACUCUGCGGAAAGGCUCACGCAGGGUGCUGGUCCUGGAGCUGUGGCGUGGAAAGGACUGCACCUGCGGCCAUCGCUGCGACCGGCGCGUCGCCCGCUGCGCAGACCGGCGCCUCCGUGUCGCUAUUGAUGUGCAGCCCAGAGACGCCAAGGUAGUGCUUCUGUUCCUCCACGGCUGGCCUGACAACGCCAAGGUCUGGACCCGUCAGAUCCGGCGCUUCUCUGCGCUGGGGUACCGCUGCGUGGCGCCGGAGCUGCCGAACCACGGCUUUGGGGAGAGGUCCACCUGGGGUUACGACUUCGACGUUUUGGCGUCGCAGCUCAACAACUUGGCCGCAGACCUGCGAUCAAAUGGCAGCAGCUUAGUGCUGGUGGCGCAUGACUGGGGCGCCUGGUUGGGCUACAUGGCGCAGCGCCUGCGCCCGGAGCUCUACGACGCCCUGGUGCCCCUGGACGUGGCGCCGGGCCAAGGCGCAGCGGAUCUGUCGCUCGCCUGGCGCGUGGCUGCCUACCAAUCCAGCGCCGCCGCCUGCUACCUGCUGCACUUGCUGCCCUUCGGCGCUCCGUUGGCGGAUUUCCUGCUGCGGUUGCUGGUGUCUCGGGGCCUCAGUCCGCUCACCGGCUGGGAGAUGCCUCUGACACCCACGCCACUGGAGGAGAUGUCCGCGAGCAUGGGCUUCACGUACUGGCACACGUUGAAGCCCCCUCGGUUCUUUCAAUGGGCGCUCUGGCGCACGCAAGGGUUGCAAGGCUGGUGCGACUGCAGCGCUGACGCGGAGUUGAAGGGGGAGCUGCCCUCCUGCCCGUUCCUCUUCCUCCACGGAGAUUUGCCCAGCUCCAGAUUGACACUAGCUGGAAAGUACUUCCUGCAAGCCGUGAAGCGGAAGGGCACCAAGUUGCAGUACACUCGGUCCUUCCCGGCCCAUCACUGGUUCCACUACUGGCUGGCCGAUGAGGUCAAUGCCGAGAUCGAGGGUUUCUUGCAUCAGUGCAGCCUGGGACCGUAG